ACGGGCCAUCCGAGCCAUCCAACCCGAAAAAUCCGACCAAGCCAUACCGGGACGAAGAGAAUUCAAUGAGGAGAAUUUUGGUCCAAGUUUCGUGCGAAUCGGAGUUGUGUGCGAGAAAUUAGAGCGAACCGAACUUCAAGGGGUCACCGGGACCAAGCCAAUGCACGCCCGCGUGCCCGCGGAACCGUCCGCGAGCUCGGGAGUGUGUCCUGCU